AUGGCUUCUCAUGAGGCAGGCGCACAACAGAUUGAUGUCACAACAUUGCCAAUUCCUCAUUUAAAUCAUUUAUCGCAACAGUUGGAACAGGAAUUAGAAUUUCUCAGCAACUCUGUCAACCAGCUGAAGGUUGCUCAAGGCAAGUUCACAGAAUCAGAGGAAGCUGUCUCAAACCUGGGGGAUGUAGGAUCUCCUAUCUUGGUCCCACUAACUGCUUCUAUGUAUGUUCCUGGACAGCUCAGUGAGGUCAAUGACCUUCUUAUAGAUAUCGGAACUGGUUAUUACGUUUCAAUGAACAAAGAAAAGGCCCAGGACUUCUUCAAGAGAAAGACUGAAUACCUGACUAAAAACAUAGAGAAGGUCCAGCCAAUCCUGCAGGAGAAGUACAGGUCCAAGCAAGUUAUCACCGAGGUCAUGCAGGCCAAAAUUCAAGCUCAGCUGGCAGUAAGUUCUGCUGCUGCUGCGCCAGCAGGACCAAAGUCGUGA